AUGCCUCCUACCAACCCCAGAAAACGAGCAGCACCUGGAGCUUCACCAGCAACACAAGCAUCCGCCAUGCCGCAAUCCUAUACUGCACCUAGCCAGGUGUCGAAUGCAGAGUUUCUUCGAUGGAGCCAAGGUCCCGAUAAUACCGCCUACCCCGAUCCUGCGACUUUCAACAUGAAUAGUUACAGUGGCAACGGCUUAACGCAAGCGCCUUAUGAUCAGUCCGUUCCUGCUACAUCAACACAGCUGGCUCGCCGACCCGUCAACCGACAACUCGUCCCCACGGGACAGCGACCCGGCUACGACAAUACAGGCGAUCCUUGGGGUCAGUUUGGGGACGACUCCAUACUUGAUCCGCAAAAUCCUGUGGCGAUGGAGGAGACGGAUAGCAUCGAAGCGCUCGAAGAGAGGGCGACAGUUGCGAAGAGGGAAGCACAAGCGAAGCGGAAACAGAUUCCGCCGUUUGUGCAGAAGUUAAGCAGCUUCCUUGAGGAAUCGAGAAAUACGGAUCUCAUUCGAUGGUCUGAUCGAGGCGAUUCGUUUGUUGUGUUGGACGAAGACGAGUUUGCCAAGACUUUGAUACCCGAACUGUUUAAACACAACAAUUAUGCGUCCUUCGUCCGGCAACUGAACAUGUAUGGCUUCCACAAACGGGUCGGAUUGUCGGACAACUCGAUGAAGGCGAGCGAGAGGAAGAACAAGAGUCCCAGCGAGUACUACAACCCCUACUUCAAGCGCGGCCAUCCGAAUUUGCUCUGGCUUAUCAACAAACCGAAGGGUGGAGGUACGAAAAGUAAGAAGGCGAGACAGAAGAAUGAAGAUGCGGCAGACGGAGAUAGUGAUGAUGACGGGAGAGAUGUUGAGGAGGUGUACGGCAAUAACAUCCAAAAUUCCCGGGCACUUUCAGCGGCACCGGAAUCCGGACCUCUGCAGAAACGAGAUGUAGCUGCCCUUCACAACCAGCUGGCGGAAAUACAGAAGCAGCAGAGUCAGAUCACCAAUGCCAUUCAACGCUUACAAAAAAAUCAUAAUCAGCUCUAUCAACAGUCGGUUGCCUUUCAGACGUUACAUGACAGGCACGAAAACUCGAUCAACGCCAUUCUCACGUUCCUUGCUACCGUCUACAACCGGAGUCUUGAUGGUCAGGGCCCGCAAAAUAUUGCCGAGAUGUUUGCUAAUGGUAUUCCUCACAACGUACCGCAGCAAGGAAAUGUAGUGGACAUUGGAGAUAUUGGAGAUGUAAUGAAUCAACAACAGCAAAAUCCUGGAAACCUCAGUCCUCACCGGAGACAGCAGCGAUUGCUGAUGGCUCCACCAAGCGCUGGAGGAAGAGCAACUACGGCUUCACCGUCCACAGCCGCUUCAACUCCGCUAGCAUCGGGCUAUGCUCAAACGCCUCAGUCCGGAGCCAUCGAAGAACUUUUCGAGACCUCGCCUGCAGACUCUACGCAAGUCAAGGCUGAGCCAAUUCGGCAACAGCAGCCAAGCCUGAUGAUGAACAUAAUCAACAAUACAAACGCUCGAUCCCGUCCCAACAACAGUGCCAUGGAGUUCCCAGAGAUGCUUUCCCACUACGAAAAUGCCAACGGGAAUUCCCCUCUAACAUCCGAACAACGCAACACUAUGCUCAACCUCAUCGCAAACACGACAUCCGCACCUGGAAGCAACAAUGCGCUUGUUAGCCCCACGCCUCCCGAACCCCCCACCUUGGAAGAGAUGGGUUAUACGCAGGCCGAAAUCGAUGAGCUGGUCCGUCUUCAAACGGAGCAACAAGCUCGUAUCGACGAUGUCAAGAUCCAACUCUCGCCACUCAGUCCCUCUGGCAGCAUCCCCGGUCUCGACGGCAACUCCUACUUCAACGGCACCGACUCACAUGAUCCCAACGCGGCGAACCUCGAUCUCGAUCAAUUCUUGGAUACUGGUGCGUUCUACAAUGGAAGCAGUCCGAUUGCGCAUGGAGACUACAACUACGACCACUUCAACGAUGGGACGGUCGGCAUUGGAGACAGCCACUUCGAUAUGGGUAUGGACGGUGUUCAAGAUACAGGCAGGGUUGUGGAGACAGUUGAUGGCAGCGAAGCCGCGACACCAGAAACGGGCGUCACGGAAGCAGUGCCAUUGAGCCCUCUCCGAAGCCCCAGCAAGAGACGGCGAAAGAAUUGA